GUUUAAUGUUUAACGUGGUCAAGUUCUCUGCUCGAUCAAGAAUUUAUGGAAGAACAAAAGAAUAGAAAGAAUAUGAUUUUGUAAUCCGAUCCCUAUUUUAUUAAUUUUCGUUUUUAUCAAGAUUACGAAUAACAUCAGCGAAGGAAAUGCUGAUGAUACAUAAAGCAAGAUAAUAAAAAGCUCUGUUCGAAUCGUACUAUCCAUGUUAUAAAGAAUUAAUUCUUGCUACAUUUUUUACAAUGCUGAUUGGUUGUGUAUUAUCUAAAGAGAAGUUGUAGUAUUGAUUUCUUGAUUCAUAUUUUGCUUUGCAUAUUUUACAUAUUUUGUGUUAAGCUGUUACAUCAAGCUAAUACGUGGAAAUCUGUUUUGUUUGCCCAAUCAUACUUAUUCUGUUUUAUUAUCUAAUGUACGAUCAGUUGUGAUCGGAUGAAGCAUUAAUAACUUAUAAAUAGCUUUCAUGAUGUCAUGAGAUUUUGAAAAGUAUUGCUUUUCAUUAUCCUUAAAGCUGUUAAAGAAGUUUAUCAUUUAUCCCUACGCAUAUUUAAAAAAGUGUGUCACUAAAAGGAAAAAGAAAAUAAAUCAUACAAAUAUAUACCUGUGACAGUAAACAACAAUAUAAUAUAAACAAAAUACAUAGUGCAAAAAUUUCAUAUAGUAAAUUCAUUGAAAAAUUGUAAUACUUAUUCUGUAUGCCAACUAAUAAUCGUAAGCACGUAAUCAUCGCACUGUUUACUUUUAAUUCGGCUCCGCCUACUGCUUGGGAACGAUCAAGACGAAAAGAAAAGUUCAAUUUCCAGCACUCGCCAUACGGCUACGUAUGGUAAACCGUUGCCAACGCAGUGAUGUGAACGUACAUAACUGUUAGUUAGUUGAAACCAUGUGGGAUACCAACAUCGAGAUGGUACAAGGUGAUAGGUGUUUUGAAAACGGCUGCAUUGAAUAUCGAGCAGUGUGCGAUGGAUCAUUGGAAGCAGAAGAAUCUUCAACUCAAAAACUAACUUUCGGCAUCGAUCGUUUGUUGAGUAUGCCGGCAACUGUACAACGCGAAAUAAAACGUUGUGAAACUUUGCUGAAGCCCUCUCAUGAAGAAGAUAGACAAAAUGACAGUGAUCUUCCGAUGCGAAAAUGUGAAUGUUGUGAAGAAUAUAAAGGCAAUGAUUUAUUGUCUAACUUUUCAAAGUUUUUGAUUAGUGAAAGUGACAUGGGCAAAACGAAAUAUGCUAAUAGUGUGUGUGAACCAGACACUCUGGAAUGCAGAAAAAAUGUUGAGCAAUGUGGAGAAACAGUGAAUGAUGUACCAUUCGGAUCUUCUUAUGAAAGUGACAAGAAAUUUUCGAAAAUAAUAUGUAAACCUCUACCACUGAGAAUUGGAAGUGUACAUUUAGGCGGCGAUAUCAUAUCUCAUCAAACAAUCGACUCCUUCACAUUUCCACAGACCACAACAACUACUCGAUACGUGGAAUCUUGGGCUUGUGAUGUAGCUGUACCUACCCGGAUUGAUAAAUUCAACGAAUGUUCAGUAUUUAAAACACCAUCUGUGGAUUUAAACAGCUUACGGUCGAACAACGGUGCAGCUGGUGCGUUUAACAAGUCAGGAACUCAAUCAAUUAUUUCACGUCGUAAAAGAUCAUGGUCACGAGCAGUGUUUAGCAGUUUGCAACGGAAAGGACUCGAAAAGACAUUUCAAGAACAAAAAUACAUCACGAAGCCCGAUAGAAAGCGUCUCGCUGCUACCCUGGGGCUGCAUGAUGCUCAGGUGAAGGUUUGGUUCCAAAAUCGUCGCAUGAAGUGGCGACAUAUGGUAAAGAAUACUUCGUUAUUUUCAAUGUCUCAUAAUAAAGAGAUAGAACAAUCUCAGACUAUAUCGCCGUCCUACAUGAAUUCUGAAAUGGCAGAUAUGUUAUCUAUAGAUGUCAACGAAGGAACUGAAGACGACGACGUAAUAAUUGAUUAGAUGGCAUAACAAAACUUUACGUUUAUUGUAACAUUGUAGGGAAUCAGAUUUGUUAAAUAAAUGGCUUAUUUUAUAAUGAUCUUAAUUUGAAGUAUUGCAUUUAUAAGAAACUUUCAAGAUAUCAUGUAUCGGAAGUAAAAUGGAUAUUAUUCUCCACAAGGCGCUCAAUAUUUAAUUAUUGUUAAUAAUUGAAUGUUAUAGUAAAAGUGACUAAUAAGUUAUAAAUUACGAUUUUACGCUUUAAGUAAUGGCAAUUCAAAUCAGACCUGAGAAUCUUUAAAUAAAACUAACAAUGUAAUAUCGUUUUUAGAACUAAUUGGCAAUGGCUAUUAUUAAUUACACAUGUAUUUAAGACGAUUCAAUGUAAUUCCGAUCCAUUUCAGGCAUUAAUUUUGUUUUUUUAGCAUUUUUAAAAUUUGCCUUAUUUUUAAAAUUUCGAAAUUCUUUUUUAAAUUACUAAAAUAACUUCAGGUUGUAUAUCACGAAGACAAACAGAAUGUUGAACCGUUGUUAAAGUUUUAACGUUGUAAAAUGUAUAGUUUUGUAGAAUGACUAGUGUUAGAAUAAUAUUGCAUUUAUAGAAUUACUUUCAAUUUUGAAUACUGUCAAUUUUGCAUUAUACCUAUAUUCAGAAUCGAAACUAACUUUAGAUUUGUUUCAAUGUCCAUUGUUCUGGUACGUGUAAAAAGUGCAUUUUCAAAUUAUUGCUUUGUUUGGUUUGCUGCAAAAAGUGAAAUAAACUAAAGAUAAAAGUUAUAAAAAAACCUAAAAAGGAGCUUCCUAUCAAUAGCAAAUUGAAAUUUGUUGGAUGUUUUACUAUUGUAGAAUGUUUCUUCUUCU